AUGCGAGAAGUGCUGAGAGGAAAGGCUGCGGCAGUCUCGGGCGAGAUCAAGGGAAAAGCAGAGAACUUCGCUGAGGAGGUGGUGUCUAAAACGGCGAACAUCGCGGGGGAGGUGGUAUCGAAAACGGCGCAUUUCAAGGAAGCCAUAAAGGCCUCGUUUACCUCGUUUGGCAGCCGUGCACAUUCCACCAAUUUCCAGAAAAAGAUUGACGCUGACGUGGCAGCAUGCGACGGCACCGACCCCUUUGAGCUGCCAGCGCCUCUGCAGGGUCCGUCGAAGCACCGCCAGGCCGGGACGAGCCCCCAGAGCAUCACGUAUCCUUCCAUCCGGUCCGACGUUGACCGCGGCUGUACAAGCGACUGCACCGAGAUCCCCGACCCAUUGGAGCUGCCAGCGCGUUUGCAGGGUCCGUCGCAGCACCGCCAGGCCGGGACGAGCCCCCAGAGCAUCACGUAUCCUUCCAUCCGGUCCGACGUUGACCGCGGCUGUACAAGCGACUGCACCGAGAUCUCCGACCCAUUGGAGCUGCCAGCGCGUUUGCAGGGUCCGUCGCAGCACCGCCAGGCCGGGACGAGCCCCCAGAGCAUCACGUAUCCUUCCAUCCGGUCCGACGUUGACCGCGGCUGUACAAGCGACUGCACCGAGAUCCCCGACCCAUUGGAGCUGCCAGCGCGUUUGCAGGGUCCGUCGCAGCACCGCCAGGCCGGGACGAGCCCCCAGAGCAUCACGUAUCCUUCCAUCCGGUCCGACGUUGACCGCGGCUGUACAAGCGACUGCACCGAGAUCCCCGACCCAUUGGAGCUGCCAGCGCGUUUGCAGGGUCCGUCGCAGCACCGCCAGGCCGGGACGAGCCCCCAGAGCAUCACGUAUCCUUCCAUCCGGUCCGAGGUUGACCGCGGCUGUACAAGCGACUUCUCCACCAGUAAACCUGGCCCCGAAGAUUCCAUCCCACCGCAUUCCACCGCUUCUCACGCCUCUACUGCUCCUAAUCCCACUGCUUCCUCCUCUAUCCGCGACUCUAUCCGCGACUCUAGCCACGAGCCAGGCCAUGAGGAGCAAUCGGGCGGCACACAUUCGACAUGUGUCCUCUCAACCCCUCCGCCUGACCACAUAGGGGCUUCAAUUGCAUCUGAUCAGGGCCCGAGCAGCUUCACGCACCCCAACGCGCAAGCGCUUGAGAUGAGCGGUCCAGAUCAUUCCGAGUUAGAGGGCGAUGACCGUGGAGAAGAGGGGUUUGAGGGGCGUGACACGGGGGAAGGGGAGGAGGACGGGAAGGAGCAGGGGGGAAGCAGCAUCACGAGCAGCAACGCGGGCAGCUCGCAGGCGCAACGCACUCCUGCUGCCUCGGACUGCCCGCACAACUCCUCCUCGAGCCUCCGCGCAUUCCGAAACAGCCAAUCGCAAGGAGAUGCGGCGGGGAAGGCAAGGGUGGGAAGGGCAGGAGCGGGGGCUGAGAUACGGAGUGGAGUUGAUUCAGCUCGGGAUGAUAGGAGCGGGGGGGGAGCAGAGGGGGGGGAUGGUAGGAGCGGGGGUGAAGCAGAGGGGGGGGAUGGUAGGAGCGGGGGGGAAGCGGAGGGGGGGAAUGGUAGGAGCGGGGGGGAAGCGGAGGGGGGGGAUGGCGCUUCUCCGGCGGCAGGCUGGCACCCCACGCCUCCCGUGGAGAUGCAGAGCCUGAUUGGGGUUUCCAUGCACCUGGUGGGGCUAGAAACAAACGUUGAUGCUGACGUGGCAGCAUGCGACUGCACCGAGAUCACCGACCCAUUGGAGCUGCCAGCGCGUGUGCAGAGUCCGUCGAAGCACCGACAGGCCGCGACGAGCCCCCGGAGCUUCACACAUUCUUCCCUCUGGUCCGACGUUGACCGCUUCUUUCCUAGCGAUCGCUCCACCAGUGAACUUAGCUCCAAAGGUUCUAUCCCACCGCAUUCAACCGCCUCUCACGCCUCUGCUGCCCCUAACCCCUCUGCUUCCUCCUCUAUCCGCGGCUCUAGCCGCGAGCCAGGCUCUGAGGAUCAACCGGCCAGCACACAUUCGACAUGUGCCCUCUCAACCCCUCCGCCUGACCAAUCAGAUUCUUCGAUUGCACCUGAUCAGUACCUCAUCAGCUUCACGCACCCCAACGCGCAAGUGCUUGAGAUGAGCGGUCCAGAUCAUCCCGAGUUAGAGGGCGAUAAGAGUGGGUUAGAGGGGUUUGUGGUGCCUCAGUUGGGGUAUGAGGAGUGUGACGCGGAGGAAGGGGAGGUGGGCGGGGAGGAGGGCGGGGAGGAGCAGGGGGGAGGUGAGCGGAGGCGCGUGGAGGAGGCGGAAUUCAGCAUGAACCUGUGGCUCAUGGGGAGCAGCUUCGAGGGAAGCAGCACCACGAGCAGCACCUUAGGCGGGGUUUUUGCGGGCAGCUCGCAGGCGCAACGCACUCCUGCUGCCCCGGACUGCCCACCCGACUCCUCCUCGAGCCUGCGCACCUUCCAAAACAGCCAGUCGCAAGGAGAUGCGGGAUGCGGGAAGGAAAGGGUGGGUAGCGCAGGAGCGGCCAUGUCAGUGCAGGUGCGGAGUGGAGUGGAGGCAGGCGGGGUUGGUCCGAGUGGGGGGGAAGCGGAGGGGGGGGAUGGCGCAACCGUGGCCGAAGGCUGGCACCCAACGUCGCCCGUGGUGGUGCAGAGCCGGUACGGGGUUUCCAACCACCUGGGGGGGGCAGAAUCGGGGCGGGUGGAGGAGUGCGGGGACAUGGACCGAGUGUGGGAGGAGAUGUACGUGCAGAGGGAGUGUGCGUCGCUGCCGUCCUCCCCCAGGGACUCCAGGCGCGCCCUGCCAGCCAUCAAGCGCCUACUGACCAUCCGCCGGGGGGACUUUGUGGAGCGUAUGAGCAGCCGUGACAGCUUUUCCAGCACCGGCAGCCGCGCCCUUCCUCUCAAGGCCCGUCCUCUCAAGGCCCGUCCUCUCAAGGCCCGUCCUCUCAAGGCCCUUCCUCUCAAGGCCCUUCCUCUCAAGGCCCUUCCUCUCAAGGCCCUUCCUCUCAAGGCCCGUUAUUCGGAGAAGGCAGUUAUCGGGGGUUGCAGUGGCAGCCCGGUGUAA